AUGAUUUCCACAGUGAAUGUUUCUGUACAAACCUGCACAGCUUCCCCUACAAUCAUUCAGCAGUUUGAUGAAAGAACACCAGUGUUGUUGAUCAGAAACCUCUCUGCAUCGAAGAUGGAUCGACCAGAUUCUCACACCAAAGACCGUCACAGCAACUCGAAACCUCGCCCAGAUGGUCCUUUCCAUGAGCGUUUCGCCAGCCCGGCCUAUCAGCCAAUCAAUCCUCCCUUGUUGACCGAUAAUCGAUACUCCAACUACGACACCAUGAGUCAAAUUCGCUCGCCAGCGAUACAAGCACGCUCUCCCAAUACCACAGACCACAACCCUACAAUUCCCGCCUAUGGGACAAAUGAAUCAGUAUGUACUAACAAACCGGGCUACACUCCAAAAUUACCCACCUACUCACCAGAAAGCCCAUCCUUCUGCCCAAACCAACAGAACAGCAGAUCUUCGAGCCCAUCCCACCAAUCUAGCCAUCCUCCCUCCGAAUCUWUAUUUGUAAGAGCUUACCAUCAUUGGCGAAGAGAGAUCUCACUUCAAAGUGAUCCAUUCAAUCAGGCUUCUAAACUUGAACGAAACGAUCAGCUUCCCCACCGCAAUAUGAAAAGUGGAGGGGAAUAUCGUAGCGAAGGAGAUUUUGAUUCUGUUCGGGCGAGACUUGCACUGUCUACGUCGGUAAAGCUAUCUCACGAUUUCUGGGCUCGUCGCCGAGCCCAUAAAGAUAAGGGCGAGGAGUUUACCGAGAAGAAUCACAAUCGUGAGGGAUGA